UGAUUUGAUAAUAUUUUCCAUUAUUUUUCGAAAAAAUUUAUUGGAGAAAGUUUUCUAUCCUUCCUUUCUAUUCGUAGAUUUCUCUCGCAUUUCUUCAACCUCUCUCUAUACUACCUUCCAAGUUCCAACUCUUUUGGCUGAGUUCUAUACUUCUAUUGCUAGAUAGCAGAUUGUCUUAACCAGAGGAAGGAAAAUUGUGCGGCUGCUGCUAGGGUUUCUCUAUUUUCUGAGAAUCUUCUCCAGCUUUCGAUUUGUGAUAAUUCUGUGAACUUUAAGUGUUGGCAAUGGCGGACGUGAGGAUCAGCAAUGGUGUGUCGUUCGACGCUGAAGAUAAUCAGACAGGAGAGAACUUCUACGAUCUUGAUCAGCGCACGGACAAUGAGGUUAGGGAUUCUGGAUUGACCAAGAAGAUCGAGUCUCUGGAGCUUGAGAAGCUUCAGCUUGUCCGCGAGAAUGCCGAGGUCAGAGAGCGAGUGGAGAAAUUGACUGCAGAGGUUGAAGAACUGCAAAACAACAAUGCAUCGAUGAAGGAAAAACUCGAAGGAAUGGAAAAGGAAAUCGAACAGUCUGAAGAGGCCAAGAAAGCCCUUGAUGCUAUUGCGGCGCGAGCUUUUGAGCUCGAGACCGAGGUCUCAAGACUCCAACAUGAUUUGAUUUCUACGAUGAGUGAGGGUGAGGAGGCGAAUAUAGAGUUGGUUGAAUUGAAGGGUAUUUUGGGAGACAAGGGAGUGAGAAUUGAGAACUUGGAGAGGGAGGUGGAGAGUUUGAAAAAAGAGAAGGUGGAGAGUGAGAGGAAAACAAGAGAAUUGGAGAGGAAAGUUGGGGUAUUGGAAGUGAGGGAAAUUGAGGAGAAGAGUAAGAAAGUAAGGAUUGAGGAGGAGAUGAGGGAGAAGAUUGCUGAGAAAGAGAGGGAGCUUGGUGGGUUUAGGAAGAAGGUUCAGGAUUUGGAGUCAGUGAUCUCAGAGAAACGGUCUGAAUUGGAGAAAUGGACGAGGGAAAAAUUGGAUUUAAAGGCAUUGUCGAGGGAGUCCGAGGAGAAGCUGAAAUUGAUGGAGUUGAAGGUAGUUGGAUUGCAGAAGGAAAUGGAGGAGGCAGAGAAGGUGAUUACUGGUUUGAAGGAGAAGGCAGUGGAUACGAUUAGUGGGAGCCUGAAUGGGAUAAGAGAGAGCGUUAUCAGUGGAGAGAAGAAGGGGUUAAACCUAGAUUGGCCUGUGGUGGUGGGAGCUACUGGUGCUAUUGCUGUUGCAGCUGCUGCCACAUAUGUGAUUUAUGCUAGACGGAGGUGAUUGCCUUGGAAGAUGUAGAGAGAGAUUGGGCGAACAGUUGUGGAUGCAACUUAGAGGUUUGGGUUCCUGGAUUAAAAAUGUGUUUCUGUUUGUUAGGCAUAAUAUGGUUUUGCUUUGUUUUGUUUGCAGGCCUAUGAAUCUGGGUUAGCUCUGAUUUUGAUGUGUUUUUUGAACUUGUUUUGUUGAGGGAAACCUAAAUCAUAUGAUAUAUUUCAAAGGCAUUAUAAUGAUAUGAUUAGAACAGUUAACACA